AUGGCGCAAGCGAACCCGAACGCCAUCAACGUGAACGACCCGGGCCUAAUCACACUUGUCAACAAGCUUCAGGAUGUCUUCACCACGGUCGGAGUACAAAAUCCUAUCGACUUGCCACAAAUUGCAGUAGUAGGAUCGCAGUCGAGUGGAAAGAGUUCCGUACUUGAGAACAUCGUUGGCAGAGACUUUUUACCUCGAGGAACGGGUAUCGUGACACGAAGACCGCUCAUUCUCCAGCUCAUCAACCGAUCAUCGGCCUCAUCGACCGCGAAACCGCACGAAAAUGGCGUACCGAACGGCGAGAAGGCUGAGAGCACAGAUAAGGAGGCCAACAGCGAAGAAUGGGGAGAGUUUCUGCACAUUCCAGGCCAGAAGUUUUUUGAUUUCAACAAGAUUCGCGACGAGAUUGUGAAGGAGACCGAGAGCAAGACUGGUCGAAAUGCUGGCAUCUCACCCGCACCCAUCAACCUUCGAAUCUACUCGCCGAACGUCCUCACAUUGACCCUCGUCGACUUGCCGGGUCUGACAAAGGUCCCAGUUGGUGACCAGCCAAGAGAUAUUGAGAGGCAGAUCAGGGAGAUGGUGCUUAAGCAGAUCUCAAAGCCGAAUGCCAUCAUCCUGGCAGUAACAGCAGCGAAUACUGAUUUGGCAAACUCGGAUGGUCUGAAGCUCGCAAGAGAAGUAGAUCCCGAGGGACAGCGCACCAUUGGUGUGCUUACCAAAGUCGAUCUCAUGGACGAGGGCACCGAUGUUGUUGAUAUCCUUGCGGGUCGCAUCAUUCCUCUUCGCUUGGGCUACGUUCCCGUAGUCAACCGGGGACAGCGCGACAUCGAGACCAAGAAGGCCAUCUCAUACGCUCUCGAAAACGAGAAGAACUUUUUCGAGAAUCACAAGGCAUACCGGAAUAAGGCAUCAUACUGCGGAACACCCUACUUGGCGAGAAAGCUCAACCUGAUUUUGAUGAUGCACAUCAAGCAGACUCUGCCCGACAUCAAGGCGCGCAUUCAAGCAUCUUUGCAGAAAUACAGCGCCGAACUUCAGACACUGGGAGACAGCAUGCUCGGCAACCCUGCGAACAUCAUUCUGAACAUUAUCACCGAGUUCUCGAACGAGUACCGAACAGUGCUGGAAGGUCAUAGUGCUGAGCUGUCUUCAAUCGAGCUUUCGGGCGGUGCCCGUAUUGCGUUCGUGUAUCACGAGCUAUACAGCAAUGGCGUCAAGGCUGUGGAUCCCUUCGAUCAGGUCAAGGACAUCGACAUCCGAACGAUCCUCUACAACUCCUCAGGUUCAUCCCCGGCACUUUUCGUCGGAACAACUGCUUUCGAGCUCAUCGUCAAGCAACAGAUCAAGCGCCUCGAAGAUCCUUCACUCAAGUGUGUCAGCCUCAUCUACGACGAGCUGAUCCGGAUAUUGGGCCAGCUGGUUAACAAGCCGAUGUUCCGACGAUAUCCGGCACUGAAGGAGAAACUUCACGCUGUUGUUGUUGGCUUCUUUAAGAAGGCCAUGGAUCCGACUAACAAGCUAGUGAGGGACCUUGUUGCUAUGGAGGCCUGCUAUGUCAAUACUGGCCACCCAGACUUCAUCAAUGGACAUCGUGCGAUGGCGAUCGUUAAUGAGAAGCACAACGCAGCGAAGCCUGUUCAAGUCGACCCUAAGACUGGAAAGCCACUUCCACCUAGCGCUCAGCCGCCGAGAGCUGCGACGCCAAGCCUGGAUCUGGAUGGUGAACAGUCUGGCUUCUUUGGGUCCUUCUUUGCUAGCAAGAACAAGAAGAAGAUGGCUGCUAUGGAGCCGCCGCCACCUACGCUCAAAGCAUCGGGUACGCUCUCGGAAAAGGAAGCCCAAGAGGUUGAGGUCAUCAAGCUUUUGAUUACCAGCUACUUCAAUAUCGUGAGGCGGACUAUGAUCGACAUGGUGCCCAAAGCCAUUAUGUUGAAUCUCGUCGAGCACACCAAAGAAGAGAUGCAACGAGAGCUGCUCGAGCAGAUGUACCGCACACAAGAACUCGACGACCUAUUGAAGGAGAGCGACUACACCAUCCGAAGGAGAAAGGAGUGUCAGCAGAUGGUCGAAUCACUCAGCAGAGCAGCCGAGAUUGUCAGCCAAGUACAAUGA